UGAGGAAAAGUUGCUCAAUGUUAAUGUUUGACAAGUAGGAAGAAGAAGGGCCGCGGCUGCCAUAUCUCUCCGUCGCAGGCAAUACAACCACGCUCUUUCAGUUCUCCUUCUACUCAAGAGUUUGUCUGACACUUUGUGAAGGAAUUACAUAUUCAAAUAUCAGGGAUUCUCGGAGAACGGCUGAAGGACACCAUGGAGGUCCUGGUGCUGAUCGACUUCGAGGGCACCAUGCCGGACGAGAUCACAGUGAAGUCGGGGGAUGUGGUCAAAAACGUCACCAAAUACACCAAUGAGGAAGGAUGGCUGCAGGGCGAGCUGAGAGGACAAAGAGGCAUCUUCCCUGCCCAAUUUGUCAAGGAGGUGCCAGUCUCUUUGAUGGGUGACAGCAAGAGGGAACCACGAAGCAUCAGAAAAACGAAGAAGGUUAAACAGACGAGGAAGUGCGAGGUGUCGUUUGCCUACACUCCCGCGCAUGAAGACGAGCUGCAGCUGGUCGUUGGUGACAUCAUUGAGAUCAUCAAAGAGAUUGAAGACGGAUGGUGGAUGGGGGUGAAAAAUGGCAAAGUCGGAGCAUUCCCAUCAAAUUUUGUCAAUGAAAUCUUUGUCUCUCCAAAAGAUAUUAAGUUCAAUGAGGGCAAGGCAAGACCCAAACUCACUGAUGCGGUGUUCACUAAGGAGAUUUCCCAUAGGGCGGCGAGCGUGAGGAACAAAAAUAAGAAGAUUGAGUGCUGCCGAGUCAUGUUUGACUAUAAGGCCAAAGCAGAGGAUGAGUUGGAUCUGAAAAAAGGAGAUACUGUUGUGAUUCUGAGGAAGGAAACUGAAGAUGAAGGCUGGUGGGAGGGAGAGCUAAAUGGCCGCUGUGGCAUCUUUCCUGAUAAUUUUGUCAUGGUGGUACCACCAAUCGACAGUGUGCUGUCUGGGACCACAAAUCAACCGCCUGUACGCAGCGGCAGUAAGAAAAUCUCAGAUAAGACAGAGGCUUCAGAAAUGGAGAAAGUUGGUCCAGCAAAGCUAAUGAAAGAUGAUAAACCAGAACCUAAGGACAUGAGAAGCAAUCCUCCAGCCAAAGUCAAGCUGCCAAUGUUCAACAAGCCAGGUCCGCCUCCAGUCAAAGACAAACCUACCAAGUUUAUCCAAAAUCGAAUCAAUGGCGAUGCUGCACCCGUUUCCCCAAAACAGCCGGAGGAGAAGGAGGCCGACCAGUUUGACGGAGUCGACGUGCAGACUGAAAAGCUGACUCAUCCCACAGCAAACAGAGCCAAGCCUCCGCAGAGGAGACCACCGUCAGCACUGACCACAGCAGCAGCAGCAGCACAAAGUACCUCAGACGAGACCGAACCAGAACUACCACCAAAACACCUCCCAACAGAAAAAACAUCGAUCUUUCAAAAGGAUACAGAAAAUCUCCUGCCAACCGCUGCAAAGCCUGAGCUUCUGUCCAAGACACCACCAUCUCGACCAGCACCUCCCAAAGUAGUUGUGGAUGGCAAAACUGUGACCCAUAAAGAAGCGCCAACUGUAGAAAGUCUGCAGGCCGAGAUCAAAGAGCUGAGCAUGGCUUUGGAGCUGCUUCAGACACGACAUGAGCGAGACAUGCAAGAAGUGAAAGAAGAACUGAAGGAGGAAAGAAGUAAACGACUGGCACUGCAGGAGGAAGUGCAACUUUUAAAGCUGAAGCAUUAACACGGACUGAGCCAUUUGUCUGACACUGUGCCACGCAGGCCCUUGGACCACAAAUUUUAACAUUUUUGUGACACUGAGCGAAAGUGAGGAGAAAAAAAAAACUCGCACUGAAGACACACAAGCGAGGGAGUUCGGUAAAAGGAGAUAGGAGAUAAAAAGCUGGACAAUGGAUCAAACUAAUCCUGCAAUGGACUGGAGGUACAAGAUCCUACAAAAGACUUAAAAAAAAAAAUAACAUGCUGUUAAACUGUUGGUUUUUUAAAUGCUGAAAGUCUCAAAUAAUGGUGAAUUAAUGUUUUACACUGUUCUGUCUCCACUGUCACAUUGUAGUUUUCAUGGUAUACUACUUUUAAUGCCUCAGCAAAAUCUGUAACAAAUGCAGCUGUAAAUGGGAGGAUGUAUUUGUCUUUUUCAAAGAGCUAAAAUAUUGUUUGAUAUCAUCCUAUGGUGCAUUGUUACCUGAAUGUUAAUAAGUGAAAUACUACUGUCAAAAACUACAGUAGGUGAAUUUAUACACCCUGAUGUAAUGUUGAAUUAAUCCACUAGGGGGCAUUGUACACCUAUUCUUCGACUUAAAGAGGCGCUAGGAAGAAUGCCGGAUUUAUCAAUGUGACCUGGCAAUACAACUCACGUUAGAAAAUUAUUUCAUUGAGGAGAAAUCAAAUAUUUAAGAUUUAGGGAACAUGUUUUGUGAACAGUGCCUUCAUGCAACAAAAACUCGAGCUGAAAAUGCUACAGUAUGAAGUGUGCGGUCAUUUUUGCAGUUUAGUGAAAAAGGCAUCUUGUGUCACUCAAACAAAAAAAACUGACUCACACUGAAAACUCAGAACAUAGUGACUCAUCGCAGUGGAUGUGGAAAACGUGGGAGUGAAUUAAUGAGAAAAUCUUUGCACUCGUCACAGGAAGAACUGUUUAACAUGAUUGUAUGCAUCCUCACAAAAAAACAAACUGUGCAUGGAUGUGGUUUUGGCUCCAAGUGGUGACGGUGUUGGUAGUUAUGGUGGCGGGUUCCUAAUACUACUGCUGUCUGCCAUGGUAGAGCACAUCUUGACAACAUCUGGAGCUCAUCAGAGACAGGGUGCUACUGAAACGUCCAUGGGAACAUACUAUUUUUAAAAACUAUGCUCCUUCUUGGACACGGGGUGAAGUGAAUGAGGGCAAAACAACAAAUGGUCUGUUGAUAGUUGAGAAUUGUCUGUCAUUUUUAAAGAUGUCAAAAAUGUGUGUUCUUUUUGUAAAGAUUUGUUGUUCUCACUGGUCUCUAAAAGAUUGAAUACCUUAAAAUACAAGAAUGCCGAUUAAAAUAUGCACCAAGUACAAA